GCACCACAUCAUUACCACAGGACAACCUGUGACAUCUAAAGCACGACGAUUAGCUCCUGACAAACUGAGAAUCGCCAGGAAUGAAUUUGACCAUAUGCUUAGCCUUGGCAUCAUUCGACCUUCGAAUAGCCCAUGGGCAUCCCCACUUCAUAUGGUUCCGAAAAAGGAUAGCAACGAUUGGCGACCCACCGGUGAUUACCGGCGAGUGAAUGCCAAAACAACCCCUGAUUGCUACCCGUUGCCUCAUAUACACGACUUGACGGCAACCUUAUCCGGCGCGACUAUAUUCUCCAAAAUCGACUUGGUUAAAGCGUAUAACCAAAUCCCGAUGGCAACAGAAGAUAUCCCGAAAACGGCUAUCAUUACGCCUUUCGGACUUUUUGAAUUUCUACGUAUGCCAUUCGGUCUCCGGAAUGCAGCCCAAACAUUCCAACGCUUCAUUGACGAAGUAUUUCGCGGUCUCGACUUUGUAUACGCAUACUUAGACGACUGCCUCAUUGCCAGUCCAGACAAGGAAACUCACCUUAGGCACUUGGACUUGGCAUUUGACAGGUUACGCCAACAUGGUGUUACCAUUAAUAUUCAAAAAUGUCAAAUCGGUGUUGACUCACUCGACUUUCUGGGUCACACUAUUGACUGCAAGGGCAUUCGCCCACUGGCUACUAAGGUCGAGGCUAUACUGAACUUUCCAGAGCCACAGACGGUGAAAAGUCUCCGCACUUUUAACGGCUUAGUAAGUUAUUAUCGACGCUUUAUUCCCAACUGUGCCUCUUUGAUUCAGCCAUUGACAGACCUCCUUCGAGGGAAUAACAAGUCCAUAGAACUUGACGCGUCUGCUCGAAAUGCUUUUACCCAGAUUAAAAAAGCUAUUGCGAAUGCCACACUUCUGAUGUAUCAGGAUCCAACGGCACCGUUAAGUAUCUCGGUUGAUGCAUCAAACACUGCAAUCGGCGCAGUUCUACAACAGCUAGUUGACAAUGAGUGGCAACCACUUGCCUUUUUCUCCCGGCGCCUUCAAUUAGCUGAAACGAAGUACAGCACAUUCGGCAGAGAACUUCUGGCUAUGUACUGUGCUAUACGACAUUUUAGACAUUCGGUAGAGGGUCGUGAAUUUAUAAUUUUUACGGAUCACAAACCUCUGACGUACUCUCUGAACUCACCUUCAGAUAAGUAUUCACCCAGGGAAUCACGACAACUGGAUUACGUCUCACAGUUUACAUCAGAUAUUCGCCAUGUAUCCGGAGUAAACAACACUGUGGCAGAUGCCUUGUCGCGCGUUUGUUCUUUCACCCAAAUCGACGGCAUAGACCUAGUAAAACUGGCUCGUCUUCAAAAAGAAGAUGCCGAACUUCAACAUGAGUUGUCGAAAACAACUCUACAAUUAGCUGAGAAACCCUUAGGUAUGGGAAGAGAUACUAUUCUGUGCGACAUUUCCACGAGUACUCCUCGCCCCAUCGUGCCUAAAAGUUAUCGCCGUAACGUCUUCAAUACGUUGCAUGGCUUAUCUCACCCAGGUAUUCGCACUACUGUCAAGCUCGUAACUAGUCGGUUUUGUUGGCCUGGCAUUAAUAAAGAAGUAAGGGAAUGGGCACAAACGUGCUUAGCUUGUCAAAAGUGCAAGGUGAUAAGACACACCAAAAGCCCACUUGGCACCUUUCUUCUCCCUGACGCUCGUUUCGAACACGUCCAUAUAGAUUUGGUUGGUCCCCUUCCUGAAUCACAUGGAUAUGCCUAUAUUUUAACUUGCAUCGAUCGAUUUACACGAUGGCCGGAAGCAGUACCCAUCAAGGACGUAUCUGCUGAAACAGUCGCACGCGUCUUCGUAGAAAGAUGGAUUGCUAACUUUGGAUGCCCAUCUUCCAUAACAACUGAUCGCGGGCGGCAAUUCGAAAGUGGCUUAUUCUUUGCCCUGACUAAAAUAUUAGGUUGCAUGCGAUUUCGAACAACAGCCUACCAUCCUCAAGCUAAUGGUAUGGUAGAACGUCUACACAGACAGCUGAAAGCUGGUCUGUCAGCUGCAAACACCACCCAUUGGACUGAAUCCCUCCGUUAGUUCUCCUAGGGAUACGAAACGCCUUGAAAACCGAUGCUGGUUGUACUAGCGCCGAGCUAGUAUAUGGCACGACACUGCGACUGCCUGGUGAAUUUGUUUCUCCCUCGAGCUUCCCACCAGUGGUAGAUCACGCUUCAUACGUCAGCAGGCUUACAAACGCAAUGCGUUCAGUUAAACCUGCUCCCCUUCGUCCACAGUCCAUUGAUGUUUUCGUUCAUCCGUGUUUGAAAACUUCUUCACAUGUAUUUGUUCGUCGCGACUCUGUGCGCAGACCCCUGGAACCCCCAUAUGACGGACCUUAUAAGGUUAUUAAACGUUCUGAUAAAUUCUUUGUCUUGGACAAAAACGGCCGCGAGGACACCGUCAGCAUUGACCGUCUGAAACCGGCUUACUUGGAGGGUAAUCCUAUUAGCAUAGAGCUGAACGUACCCCAAAAUCCACAAGUAACAGAAGAUCGUGUAGACAUCGAUGAAGUCGCUAGCACAGCGACAGCUACCGAACCUUCUAUCGAGCCUCUCAAGAAAACCCGUUCUGGACGCACCGUAAGGUUCCCAGAAUAUCUGCACACUUAUUUGACUUAACGAAGUCGUGUGAUUCACGCAACUCACUCGUUCGUGGUACUAUUUUUUUUUGACGUAUAAAUUUUUUUAUAUACAGUACCACCAAACACAAAAAAUUUUUUUUUCAACAGUUCAUGUAACAUACACAAAAAAAUUAAUUAUAUGUAUUUUUUUUCGAUGUUCUGAACUUAGCAUUAUUUUACUGUAUAGUAAAUGCACAUAAUUUUUUUUAACCAAAAAGGUCAUUUCGUACAUUUUCCUCGACAUGGUUCUUAGCGUUCUUGUUUUCUUUUCCAGGUGCGACGGGCACUGGACGGGAAACAAACGAAGCACGGAAUCCAACGAACAACACCAGGAAGCUAUGUACAAACACCCUAUUAGCAUAGGCAGACAAACCAGUAGGCAUACGACCAAGCCGCUCGGAAGAUUUUUUUCACCCGAAAGGGAACCAUCGAGUUUUUUUUACUUCCGGCUGGUUCUGUCUUAGGGUCCUCACGACCCCACUAGGGGGGAGUGAGCUGUAGCGGUAAAUAAUUCCCCAAAAUUAUUGACCACAGCAAUCACGCAUUGGAUGCUGACCACCACUGUUUAAGUCGACUUGUUUAGCUGAAGGCUUCCGGUCAAGCAUCCCCGCCAUUUGGUACCUCGUCGUGUCACGUGCACGAUCACUAGCUAGCUAAGCGUUCGUCUAACGGCUGGUUUUGGUUCGUAAAUACAUUUCUUCGUUUGGACGACCAAUUGUUGGCUUUUGCUUUGUCUUUGGUACGCGAGAAUAAAUUAAUUAGAAGUUGUUGAACGAGAUAUCACGUCAAACCUUUAAUAUCCGUCAACC